UCAUUAACACAAGCAAGCAUUUCAGCAAGCCACCUUUCCACCUUUGUUAUUGAAGGAAGACACUCCUAAGGGAAAAAAAGCUCAGCCAUGGAGGAGAAGAGUAACAAGCAAGACUCCAUCGCAAUGCGCGUGAAGGCAUGCCGGACAAACAACGGGUUUGUCCAAAAUGAAGACAACCUGGAUAUGGACCCUGGUCCGGGCAGCCCAGGGGACAGCCCGCAGCCCAGGGCGGUGGGCAUCCUUGACCCCGGAGAGUCCGACUGGAAGGUCGUUCGGCCCUACGCGGGGAUGCCCAAGGAGGUGCUGUUCCAGUUCUCGCGCCAGCCUCGCUACCGGGUGCCCCGCGAGGUCCUCUUCUGGCUCACUGUGGCUUCUGUGCUCACGCUCAUCGCGGCCACCAUAGCCAUCAUCGCCAUCUCGCCCAAGUGCCUGGACUGGUGGCAGGCGGGGCCCAUGUACCAGAUCUACCCGCGAUCUUUUAAAGACAGCAACGGCGAUGGGAACGGAGAUCUAAAAGGUAUUCAGGAUAAGCUGGACUACAUCACAACUUUAAAUAUAAAAACUCUUUGGAUCACUUCAUUUUAUAAAUCACCCCUUAAAGAUUUCCGACAUGGCGUUGAAGAUUUCCGAGAAAUCGAUCCCAUUUUUGGAACUAUGAAAGAUUUUGAGAAUCUAGUUGCAGCCAUACACGAUAAAGGUUUGAAAUUAAUCAUUGAUUUCAUACCAAACCACACAAGUGACAAACAUGCCUGGUUUCAGUUGAGUCGGAAGCAGGAAGGGAAAUAUGCCGAUUAUUAUAUCUGGCACAACUGUACCCUGGCAAAUGGCAUAGUCAUACCACCCAACAACUGGUUAAGUGUAUACGGAGACUCCAGUUGGCACUUUGAUGAAGUACGAAAACAAUGCUAUUUUCACCAAUUUAAGAAAGAACAACCUGAUUUAAAUUUCCGCAAUCCUGAUGUUCAAGAAGAAAUGAAAGAACUUAUACAGUUCUGGCUUGCAAAGGGCGUGGAUGGUUUUAGUUUCGAUGCUGUUAAAUUUCUUCUAGAAGCACAACAUCUGAGAGACGAGAUCCAAGUGAAUAAGAACCAACCCCCGCUGGUUGACACUCUUUUCAAUGGCCGAGGAGACAGCGGUGCUAAAUGUGCUCACAAGAAUGGAUUUGUAUAA